CCUUCAUCCCACUUCUCACUUCUCUCGCCGCAUCCCGCUGUUGGGAAGGGGUGGUACCGGUAUAUAGACUCUGUACUCCAUCCUUCUAUCGUUCAUUUAACACGAUGACGACAAAGAGAUCCAAUGGCACUACUUCCAAGAUAUCCAAUGGAUAUCUGUCUUCCGAUGAAGAAUUUGAAGAGCUAGGUCCCCUGGUGGCCAUGGAAUUGACAUCGGGUCAAGAAGAUCUUUUGGACAAAGAUCCACAAUUCUGUGGGAAUCUCCUACCCAAACUCCCGUGGUUGCUCGCAUUGAUGCUAUUGAUUGUGGCUCUCUAUGUCAUGGCUCCCACUACUGGUAGCAAGAAUUCCACAACAACAAUGCACCAUCACAAUCAUCAUCACAUUCAUUUGGAGUGUCCCACAGAGCCCUUGUCGACGCUCAAUUUCGACGACGAUGCCGCCAUCCAAGAUUACGUCGCCAACGGAACACAGCCGUGCACCAAAACCCCCGCAUGUUUUCUCGAAACCUUUCGAGACCACGUCUUUGAUGGACACACGCGCACGUACACUCAAUUCAAAGAAAGCGAACGCGAGUUUGUCCGAGACUUUUUUGUACCCCAUUUGAAACCGGGCGAUGCCAUUUACGAAUCGGCCUGUGGCAUUGGAUUGAAUCUCUUUGCCGUACUGGAGUUGGUAGCAGAAGAAGCCAAUUUGACGGGAAUUACCGUUUAUGGAAAUGAGUAUAUUGAGGAAAAUGCCAAUCGAGCCAAUUGGAUCUUGGAUGUACUCUUGGGAGCACAACUUGACGAGGAUAUGCCCAAUAAAAAGGGACAUGUCUGUCGAGGAGAUUCCACCGAUUUGAGUUUUGUUCCUGCCAAUAGUUUCGAUUUGGUAUACACGGGUUUCAUCAGUCCCCUCUGGGAUCCUCUCCAUAUCAACAGUCACAGUAAAAUGAAAGAGCUGUGUUUGGACCAAAAUAAAAAUGAUGACUGGAAAGCCCAAACACUGGUCAAUCUGAGUCAAUCGAUGCAAGACGAUUGGUUCAGUCAAUGGGUGGUGGAAAUGAUUCGCAUUGCCAAACCGGGAGCACCCAUUAUUAUUGAAGAGAAUGCACUACCCUUUUGUUCCAAUCCGCACGACUAUGGUGGUGUCAGUCCAGCGUACUGGCAUCACGGAGUCGACCACUACGGGUGGAACGUCCAACCGAGUUCAUUGCAAUUUGGAAAACGAGGCAAUGGAUACAAAGGCAGUCGGUAUCAUGUGUUUAUGCUGAAAAAGGAGGAAGAAUGAAGAGUCAUGAUUACGACAAACAAGUUUGUUUUGGGCAGUCACUAGAAGAAGGAUCAUCAUGGACCGAAGUUUUGUUUUGGAAGCU